AUGGGGCAGCUUCCUCCUACAAGAACAUCACCAUCACGUCCCUUUUUGCACUCUGGUGUAGAUUACGCAGGCCCUUUUGUAAUCAAAACAUGGCAUGGAAAGAGAGCAAAAACCUACAAAGGUUAUAUUGCGGUGUUCAUCUGCUCGUCGACCUCAGCUAUUCAUCUAGAGUUGGUUUCCAACUUCUCAGCAGAAGCCUUCAUAGCGGCUUACAAACGAUUCACCAGCCGUCGAGGCAUCUGUGCUACUUUAACUAGUGACUGCGGGACAACAUUUGUAGGAGCUGACAAAGAACUGAAAAGAUUGUUUUCAUCGUCUUCAGCAGAAUCAGGUCAACUCAAGUCCCUGCUUGCUAAUGAUGGAACUGAAUGGAAAUUCAACCCUCCUGCUGCUCCACAUUUUGGAGGUCAUUGGGAAGCUGGUGUUAAAUCAGUUAAAUACCAUCUCAACCUACCUACCUACUAA